ACCAAUAGGAAAGGCGUUUAUCCUGGAGGUACACAUGCCUUCUUCGAGCACAGACAGAUGCCGGCUGGUGCAGAACUACAUCAAUGCAACAAUUAACUUGGAAUGACUCGUCCAUUCAGACUUUAAUCUGACGCUUCAUCUCGUCUUAACCUGGAUUGUCUAUACACCCAUUUCACAUUGAAAUGCACAACAGGUGCUUGCUUCAAGUCCUCCUCUCCUUAUCAUCGAUUAUUUUAUCAAAAGCGCAGGAUGUGAUAGGGUCAGGUCUCUCAUGUGUCAAAUCCAGUCCUGCAGAUGACGGACAGACGCGCGUUACGUUCCUGCGUGAACACACAGCCGGCGCGCUCUCUCUGUACCUCACCCUGUGGUCCGAAGAUAUACAACUCGUUGCUUGUGAAGUAAAUCAAAGUCCCCUCGUUGCGGAGAAAUACCUUACUGCUUGCGACAGAAGUGACACGAAGAAGAAGGAAAUCAGCCAGAGGUUUAAUAUCAGCGCGUUGUUGGCUCCGGAUGCUCCGUGCGCACUUGGAUCCUCCGAUGUGCCAAAGUUUUCCAGGCGCGCAGGAAGAGAUGGGAGAGAGGGGAAAAGUCGAAUGAGACGCGGGGUGAUAUUUCCAGGGACGCUGUGGUGCGGCACUGGAAGUAAAGCGAUUGGAUACGAUGAGUUAGGGAUGUUUGAGAGUGCAGAUAAAUGCUGCCGUGAACACGACCACUGUCGACACAUCAUCCCAUCUUUCACUGUGAAUUACGGCGUCUUCAACUCCAGAUUCUUCACCGUCUCUCACUGUGACUGUGACAAACGGUUUCGACAGUGCCUCCUUGAUGUGAAUGAUACUAUUUCUAGCAUGGUGGGCUACAGCUUCUUCAGCAUUAUUCAAGUUCCCUGCUUCAAGCUUGAACAGCAGAAGCACUGCACUGAGAUGUACUGGUGGGGAAUGUGCAAAGCCGCAAAUGUGGCUCCAUAUGCUGUCUUCAAGAGUCCCCUUCCUUACAACAGCUCUGCUGUUGCAAGAAAACAUGGGGACAACUCUGACAGUGACAACAUAACAGGGACAGGGGAGCAGCAGGUAACAAAAAGCCCUGUGAUCAGCACCAAGUCACAAAAGAGUGAUCGUAGAUGCAUCAACACGCACAGAGGAGACACUUUCCGGCGCAAAGGGAAUAGUAGUAGGGGAAAAGGAUGUAAACGAAACCAGAAAGUGUCCACAGCAGCACCUUCACAAAUGACUCCAAUAACAAAGUUACACACCACCACUCCUGUGAUGAAAACAGAUAUUUCACAUACUUCUAAAAGUAACACAUUGGGUAAAAAAAGAGCUGGAAAAAAGAAGAGCGCAAGAAAGGAAACGUCUGUCAAUGCCACAUGGAAGAGCCAAUUUCCACUGAAUGUGACCACAACCCCUUACCCACAAACAACAACAACCACAACACAGAGCUACCUGUCAUCUACACAGAGUCCACCCCCUCAGAUACAUGUAACAACCACCACAGCAGGGACCAAAACAACCAAAAGCAAGAAGAAAGGUAGCUGCUGUGGACUGGUGACGCCUCCAAGAGGUGACGCUUUUCAACCUCUUUGUAGAAAAUGUCAAAAAGAAAAAUCAACGUCGCACACUACAACUAUUACACCUUCAACAACUACAUACAGAUUACUGAUCAAGUCAAAAACACUUGAGGAUCUGCUGCUCAAAACAACAACAGAGAAAGUCAAACGAGACCCCUUUAAGAAACUGAGGAGUAGAAAUACUUCCAUCAAACCAAAGCCUCCUGCCCAUGAAGAUGGCAAGACAAAAAAAGUGAGGAAGUCCCAUUUGAUAUGGAAUAACACAAGCCAGGAGUCAGUGGGUAGAACCAAAGGACCAAACACACCUGCAAAGAGAGGCCUGGCAGACAAUUACCUCCUGUGUGGAAGCCUCAAACAUCUGGAUGAAUGUGGAUACAAAAUCCCACCUAUGGAGAAGAAGUAUGAGCUGCAGAACGUGGAGUCAAAGACUGCCUACCACUGUGAUUGCACUAACCGCCUGGCUCUUCAAAUUAAAAGCUUCAAAGAACCCAGUAUUCUCCCCACGCUGCUGAUGGAUUUCGUUUCUCAGGACUGCUUUAAACUGCCAAAGAAGAAAAAAUGCCUCAACAAGAAAAGCUGUUCUGGAGGCUUCACUAAAGCUUCUGACCUACUUCAAGCACUUAAGAAGAUAGAAGGAAAAAACACUGCUGGGGUGCAAAAUUCAGUCAAUGGCAGAAAAAGAGGGAUUCCUGUUCGCCUUUCUAAGCGAUGCCUUAGGCUGCAAAGAGAAGCUGAUAUCAUGGCACAACUCACACGAUUAUAGACUAAGCUGCUGUGUGCAGCAACAAUGAGUUUAAUAAGCUUUACAUUUCAUGCAGCAUUUUCUGUUUCUGUCUGAUGGGGUAAAUUCACAGUGUUGGAAUGUUCAAGGAUUAAAACUCUAGACUAUUGUAAUAUAUUUCCGGGCAUGCCAUGGAUGGACAUAUGUUUAUAAAGAGCUAACUUCAUCCAUCAGAUUGUGUAUGAAAUUAAAACAACUGUUAAUAUUUGUAUUAUUUUUGCUUCUGUUUGAAUUUAGUAAUUGAUUUAUUAUCACAUGUCAAGGAAACUUACAUGAACGAUCACAAGUUGCAUUCUAUUAUAUGAUAUGUAAUGUAAAGGGUUUAAGUAAGAAAAAUGACCAGGUGUACUCCACACUGCAUUCUGAAACAGCUUACAUCUUACAAGUAGCAAUCCUUUAUGUAAAAAAAACAAAAAACUUAUUUUACUGCUACACAAAUAAUCACUGACAUAUGUCUUUUUCCAAACCCAAGGUGUCAUCUACAUCUACUGUUUUUGUUAUAAGAUACAAAAAUAUACAAAAAUAAUGCAUAUAUUUCCCUGCAUGAAUAAAACAUUCCUGAUUUGAAAACCUUACAAGGAUUGCAACUCCUUCAAUGUGCACCUCAUCUUCCCUCUCAUUUCAUCAACUCCUACUCUUACAAUGUGUUGCAUCAGUGUUUUCUACUGUAGACAUAUAUCCUCACUUAUAAGGUACCAGAAAUGGAAUGUGUCUAUAUCUGUCAUCCAUAAUAACUUCAAAGACCCAUUUUUAUUCCACAGCACAAUCAUAAGAUUACCAUCUUGAAAUGCAACAAGACUGAUGUUUCAGGAAAUAGGGACACUGGUUUUAUGGGACUUUCUUGUGGGUCCUGUAAAAACUCUUGUAUCUGUUGUGUAAAAAUGUAAAUGUGUUUUUCUUUGCUUACUUUAUCAUGCAUUUUAC